AUUAGUACGCAAUUUCGCAUUCGAGUCAUUUUAACUAUCUGGGUCAGAAGUUGUAUUUUGGUGUUUGAUUAUUUCUUUUGUAUUCGGAGCAAAUCCGGCUCAACACUGAAUCAGGAAACCUUCUAUUUUCAAAUAGCCAAGCGUAAAUAGUCAGGAUAUAUAUCGCGCAAUCUAAAUUACAACAGUAAAUAGACCGAUCUUAAGUUGCCGUUUAAAUCUGAUCAGAUAUGAGGCUGACUAAUAAAUAAACACAUUCUCGGAUAUUCCACACUUAUCACUAACACACGUGAAGUAACAUUAUUAACAAUUUUGUAACUUGAUGCAAAUAGUAGAUUCUUUUGAUUGAUAUCGAUCAUCAGCAUAUUCCUUAAAGAUGCUCACCAAAGCCACAAGUAAACCAGAAUGCGAGUCAGCUAUGAAAGCGGAAUUGGUCGAGAACCCUGAGAAUUUCGAAAAUACAGAGAUAAACCCCAGCAAGGAAUUUUUUUCAUUGUGCAAGCUAUCAUAUACAUUUUCCAGAGAGGGAAAAACAUUUGACAAGAAGCAAGCCAGAACACUAGAAACGAAGAUGCAUAAAUUGUACUAUAAGGUAUUGAACUCAGGAAAUGCAGAAAUAGAUAAUAUUGUAACUCUUGCACAAAUGUACUAUAAUGUAAGUGAAGUUUAUGUUGAAUCAAAUGGCAAAGAGAAACAACAAAUAGCUACGAACAGUAUUCUACGUUCUUUAAAUUUGAUAAAAGAUAAAGAGCUGAAUCGCAAGACUAUCUUACUGGCUUUAGACGUAUAUAAUCUUUUAGGUUAUAUUUAUCAUAAACAGAAGAAAACAGAGAAAGCUAUACAAGCGUUUGAUAAAGUUGUGGAAUUAUAUUUGAUGUAUAUAAAAGGGAAGGACAAAUAUGGUACUCCUCUCGAUCUUGAAAACAUUUUUUUUAAGUCACUUGAAAAACUAAAUAGUUAUGUGAAACUAGCAAAAACAUAUUUAGCUGUUUUACGUACCUUAGUAAGAAUGCAUUCUACUAUAGGGACGAUGAAUAAAUUCAUUAUAUGCAGUCAUAUGCUUUUAGCUGCUGAAUUCAAUAAAUCAUUAACAGUUGAAGAAUAUAUUAAUUGGAUGAAAACAGCAAUGUUAUUAUCUGAUCUUUUCUUAAUGUCCAGGCGCUUCACAGAAGCUAGAAAUCAUCUUAUUGUUGCAAGUUUUGUGAAGAGACAUUUUAUCGAUGUGAAAUAUUAUAAUAUCUGCCAGAAGCUUGAAUUAUCCUUGGAAGAACCUGUCUCGCGUGAACAGCAUAUAAUCGCGUCUACAUUGGUUGCGGUACAUUGGGUUAAGUAUGGAAUUGCGCUUUUGGAUACGUCCGCGACACAGUUGCAAUUGUUGGAAAAAAACCCUACAUAUGAGAGAAGCUCCUUAGAAUCGAAAUAUCCAACGAAAUCUCAGAAGCAUGCACCGCAGAAAUUACUAUUACUUACCGAAAUACAAGAAGAGUUUUCAAUUACAGAUGAGUACGCGCCCUUCAAGGAUAAAUAUCUCUCAGACUAUAAUGCUGCUAAAGAAGUGUUCUUAUACGUUAUAAAGAUACUUAGCGAUAUGACUGCGCAUUAUUGCCUUAGUAAGGACAUGAAGCUGUGUGCGACGAUUGCUUUAUGCACUUCUAAUGCAUACAAAUAUAUGGCAUGCUAUGAACAGGACUUAACUAGCCAGGACAUACUACAAAGUCGACGAAGAGACAUUUUAUUGGAAGCUAUAAACAUAAUAUUUAGUAAUAAUAAUAAUAGUAAUGAUAAUAAUAAUAAUAAUCGUAACGAAUUGAGACAUUUACGGCUUCAACUGGCAAUUGCAUAUUCUUCUCUGAUAAACAUAAAAUUGGAAAAUUUGGAAACAAUUAAUGUACAGAAUACGGAACAAAGAUAUAACAUAAUUAUUGAUGAAAUUAAUGAUCUAGUGAAGGCAGGCUUAGUGAAUUUACAAAUAUAUAUGUGCCAUGAAUAAGUAGUUACAAUAGAUAAAUUUAAAUUUAGUGGUAAGCCAAUUUCUUUAUAUUUUUCGCUGUUACGUAACAAUUGAGGAAAUAGAAAAUAAGAUUAUCAUACAUAUAAAAUUAAAUUGUAGAAGAAGAAAUGUUUGCAAAAGUAGUUGAAUAUUUUUUGCUCAUCUUAUUUGGGUGUAUAUUGAAUAUAUCAAAAUUACAUUAGUACUUAAAGUUUAAAGAAAUGUUUUUACAAGAUAUUGUCCUUAAAUGUUUUAUAUUUCUACUUAUUUCUACUUAUUUAAUACUUUUUACAGACAUUUGAAAGUCUCACUUCAAAAUUUUGUGACUUUUUCUGUGUCAAAUAAUUUAUUCCUGAAAUAGUUUACUUCAAAUUUGUUACAGAAUACUUAUGAAAUUAUUAAAAAGAUAUGCUUUUGUAGUUCGAUCAAAAUUUUAUAAACAUUUAAAAGAUAUUUUAAAUAUGUAUAUACUAUCGUGUUUUUCUUUUAGAUAAGAAUAUUGCAGAACUAAUGUAUAUAUAUAUAUAUAUAUGUAAUCAUUGAUAGGAAUCUGUCAUACAUUAAAAUAUACAUUAAAGACUAUUCAAGAUUUCUUCGUAUUGCUUCGAUUUUCUCAAAUCUAUUCUUUUUAAUUUGCUGUUAUAACUAUUAAUUAGCGUUUUGUUCGCAUUAUUUGCUUCUUUUGUAAAAAAUUUGAAAUUGUGAGU